AUGAGGCCGCAGGACCCGCCGAAGGGCGACCCCGCCGCCGUGCUGCCGGCGCUGGAGACGCUGAAGCAGCGGGCGUGCGAGAACGUGGAGCUGAACGCGGCGCGGCUGGGCGCGCUGAGCCGCGACAUCUGGAGCCGGCCCGAGCUGGCCUACGAGGAGCACCGGGCGCACGACACCAUGACCCGCUUCUUCUCCAGCGCCGAGCUGCUGGGCGCCGCCUGGGCCGUGCAGCCGCGCUACAAGCUGGGCACGGCCUUCCGCGCCGAGUGGGGCACGGCCGCUCCCCAGGGCCCGCGCCCGCUCCGCGUCGCCUUCCUCUGCGAGUACGACGCUUUGCCCGGCAUCGGCCACGCCUGCGGGCACAACCUCAUCGCCGAGGUGGGAGCCGCCGCCGCGCUGGGGCUGAAGGGCGCCCUGGAGAGCCUGCCGCAGCCGCCGCCCGUCGCCGUCCAGAUCACGGUGCUGGGGACGCCUGCGGAAGAACAAGGAGGCGGCAAAAUAGACCUGAUAAAGGCUGGAGCGUUUGACGGCCUGGAUGUGGUUUUCAUGGCACACCCCUCGCAAGAGAACGCAGCUUACCUGCCCGAUGUGGCUGAGCAUGAUGUGACUGUGAAAUACUAUGGAAAAGCUUCUCAUGCUGCUGCUUAUCCUUGGGAAGGAGUUAAUGCAUUAGAUGCUGCUGUUCUUGCAUACAACAAUCUGUCUGUUUUAAGACAGCAAAUGAAACCGACCUGGAGAGUUCAUGGUGUAAUAAAAAAUGGUGGUGUGAAGCCUAACAUCAUUCCUUCUUACACUGAACUAGAGUUUUACUUGCGUGCCCCUUCAAUGAAAGAUCUUUCUGUUCUGACAGAGAAGGUCGAGAACUGCUUCAGAUCUGCAUCACUGGCCACAGGAUGCAAGGUGGAAAUAAAAGGUGGUGAAAAUGAUUACUACAAUGUGCUUCCAAAUAAGAGCCUGCAGAAAGUUUACAAGGAGAAUGGAAGGAAACUUGGAAUAGAAUUUAUAUCAGAAGACUGUAUCUUGAAUAGUUUGUCAGGUUCCACAGACUUCGGAAAUGUUACAUUUGUAGUCCCUGGGCUUCAUCCUUAUUUUUAUAUUGGCUCUGAUGCAUUGAAUCAUACUGAGCAGUACACAGAAGCUGCAGGGUCACAGAAUGCUCAGUUCUAUGCUUUGCGCACAGCAAAAGCUUUGGCAAUGACAGCACUGGAUGUCAUUUUCAAGCCAGGUCUGCUAGAAGAAGUCAGGGAAGACUUUAGACAGGUGAAGCUAAAAGAAGAGGGGCAAAUAAACCCAGCAGAACCUAAGAAAGAAUCUGGCAUUGGCAUAGGAGCAUGUGCAUCACACUAAACUUUAUUAAACCUCUCUCAGUAGGAUUGUCUUAAUGGAGAUGCUAUAUUUAAAUCCCAGAAGGGACUGGAUAAACACAUAGCUGAAGAAAUGUUGAUUUUUUUUUUGGACUUUAGGAGAAGCAAAUAGUAUGACUGCUUUCAAAAAUGUGCUAUUUUAUCUAGCUGUAGUGUUUGCUGUAUUCAGUAUGGUGAUGAAUUUCAGUGAGACAUCUUAAAUAUGUUGUCUUUAAGUUGCAGUGUUGUAUAAAUGAUAGUGCUUAGGUCCCUUGUCAGUGAUUUUUCUAUUUAUUACUGAAGUAAUAUUCCUUAUAGGGGAAAUAUGGCAUGUACAUGGGAAUUUUUGUUCUAAAAUAAGCACUGUUCACUCAGUGAUCAUAGGCUGAAUCUGAUCUAUGAAGCAUUUGUCUCUGGGCAGUCACUUUUUCUUGGGACAAGAGAGACUUAAAACUGGAGCUGGUUUCACUGGAAAGAAGGGUAUAUGUUUGGAAGCAUGCCUGGUUUUGACAAUAGUAUCUUCUAGCAACGAAAGAGAACUGUUUGUAUGGAAAUGCAAUCUGUAAAGGUUGAUUGUCCUGAAAUACAUUGACCUUCCUCCUAAUAAAUUUUGGAGCUGUUGUGGAGAAGUCAUUGAUCAAAACAAUUGGCAAGCAGCUAAAUGUUUGUUUGUUUAAAUGAACACAGAAACUACUGCAGGAAAAUGCAUGUGUGCCAUUAAGUUCUACUGUAAGGCAAUACAAGUGUCCACACAAGGUGUUGCACUAGCUUAACUGAUCUGAAGGAUGUGUAUAAAUUUAGCUAAACCAGUGGUAAUCUUAAAGAUGUGAGUGUGGUACCAUGAAGCAGUAAAUGAAGGUAACCUUAAACUGGUUCUGUGCAAACCCCUGUAGUAAGCUGUCACAUUGAGGAUUGCUUGUGCAGUAACUGGCUUCUCAAACCUGUUUGUUCCCAUAUCCUAAGUGGCAGAUCCUUUAACUCUUGCCAGUUUUUCCUUUCUGUGUGUUGUGUGGUUAGUCUGUUUAAUCCGUGUUAUUUUGCUUCCCAGAGACAUUAAUGUUGCAAAUUCUACCUAGGUGGUGGUGUGUGUGUCCAAAUGUGUUAGGAAUUUUUUUAAUUUGCUUAUUAAAGGAUCAUGUGAAUACAUAGAGAAGGAACUAAUCUUUUGUGCAGAUACACGUUCCAGAGUCAAUGGACAGGCCGAGGGGAGAAAGCAGCUUAUUCGUUAAGUUUCCUAAGCAUAGGUAUUACAGUAAGCUUCUGUAAAGUCAUCAGCCAAACUGUAUUCCCCAGGAAGUCAGAAUACCUAGAAUAAUUUCAGAAACCUGGUUUUAAAAGCACCAGUCUCUAUAUGGUAAACUCUAGAAUUCUAAGCAGAAUUUAUAUUUUAUUGAUGUCUAUAUUAAAUUUCUAAUUUUGGAAAAAACCAAAUCCCUUAUUUUGGUUUAACUGUGCACUUCCUCUGCCUUUCUGUGCACUCUUUAACAUAGACCUCCAGCUGCUAUUUAAGAAUUCUAUUGAGACUUUCCCUUCUUAGAAGGAAAAAAAGUGUGACUAGGUUGGCUUCUGUUUGUAUGUCCUGUAGACAGUGUAGACAACACAAUUUGACAGUUCUUAGACUUUCUGAUACUUCAGGGUCUGUGCUUGUAGUAAUGGGACACAGACUAUCCAUUAAUAUAUUAAAUGCUCAGUGUCUUUGGAAAAAGAAGGUAACUGUUUAUCUGUUUCUGUAAGAACUAGAGGCACAAUUAAAGGGGUUUGUUUUGUAUUACAAGCCAGUUAUGUAAAGAGUUGAGCAUGACCUAAGUAUUCCAGGUUACAAGGUGGUCCUUACUUACAUCCGUAUCCUUGCUUUCAUUAGCAGAUGGUUUUGACAGAUGAACGCAUGAAACAGAUGAGGGUUGUACUCUGAGCUAUAGAUAUGUCCAGGGUAUCAAGUUGUAUGUGGAGGAAUGGCUUAGUAACAAGGGACAUGAUCUGAUUCCCAUGAGCAACCCAGUCUCUGAUGAGGGGAAAGGCUCAGAGGAAACCGUUAACUGUCCUUGAAAGCCCGUUGCGAUAAGAGACAGUGGAAUGGUAAACAAGAAGGAGCUACAUCCACGAAGAGAAGUGCUCUUGUGCAUGCACAAGAGCACUGUACCGAUCACACUCGCCGCCUUGGCACGUGAACAGAGGCUGUAAGCCAAUUAUACAACUGUUGCGGACGUGUGUUCUUGGCAUCUGUCUAUAUAUACUCUGUAAGCUUGAAUAAAGGGGAGAACGACUAUACUCAUACUGAGAUUCCAUCGUUACUCCGGGUCUGUCUCCCACUCCAACAGUUGUAUACUAAAUCCAGUUGAAAUUUGGUCGAAGGUCAAAGGACCUUUUUCCUUAACUUUUAAUUUAAACCCUGCCUUGCCAGUUCUCAGACACAAUUAUGAUUCAUUAAGUUCUACUUGGUUAACAAGCUAGUUCAUGAAUUUCCUUAGCAUCUGUGGCUUUUGGUUUCCUCCUGUGUCAACUGUAACUUCUUGCUUUGCUGUUUUUAAGAUGGAGUGUUGGGAUCCCAGUGAUGGGAAUACAUGCUGCAUUGUUGUGUUUCCUAUAAGCUGACGUGCAUUACAGCCUUCUCAGUUCUCUUUGUCCAGGCUAGCUGGCUGUUGGCUGCAUCAUGUCUAAGAUCAUUUAAUUAAACAUUUCUGCACUAAAAGCACAUCUUAAUUUUGUUGUAAUCAUUGCUGGAAUUAAAAUGAAACUGAAGUACUGAUUAAAGAUGAGUUGAUAUCAAUAAAGCAAUUUAAUUCUGA